AUGUCAUCUUCUGAAGCUGAAUUUGCACAAAACUUUAUUACCUUGGCAACUUUAAACAAGCCAACCCUUUCUAGAGAUUAUAAAAAACCUUUAAGCGAAGUAAAUCAAUUGGGUGUUGCUUUACCUCCUUUGAAGUAUCGUUAUAGAACAAGAAAUAAAAAUACAUCAUCGUCAAAAUCCUCUGUGAAAUUAACUUUGAAAAGUGUGAGACCUCCUAAGUUUUCAAUCCAGCAAGAUUUCAAUUCUCAUGACACUGUUACUGAAGUUAAACAAUUCUUGGUAAACUCGGAGAAAGUGCAACAAAUUGGCCAAUUAAAAUUAUUGUUAAAAGGUAAAGUUCUUCAUGAUUCUGUCUCAUUAUCGGAACUAGAUAUAACUGAAGCUGUUAUUAAUGUAAUGGUUAGCAAACCAUUAAAUGUAAAUGCUCAGUCAUCAACUUCUGGGCCAGGCUCAUACGCUCAUAGUAUGGCAUCUACUACUGAUGCGAAUGGUAACACGGUAACAAUUGAAUCUCGUGGUAAUGAUGAGGUUAAGGUAUCAUACUCUCAAACUGAAAAUGGUAACACAGUUAAUGUUUCGACCUCUAGUAGCGGCAUGAACAUCCCUACCUCAGUUGCUACUUCAACUUCGAAAGAACUUCAAGUGCCAUGGAUGGAAAUCGAAAUCUUAUUAAAAUCUAGGUGCACUAACAUAGAUGAAGUCAAUAAAACUUUACAACGUUUGAAAAGAGGUUGGGAACUUGCCUCUGAUUAA